AUCCAAACGCUACUGGAAGGCAAGCAAACACAAAAACAGGGGAAACAAAACUACACAUUUCCACGCAAAAAGGCGCUUUGCAGGAAGGACGGGGGAGCUGUGUGCGAGGAGGGAGAUAAUUUUGGCAGCAGCAGCUUAGCGGACUGGAGGACUGACUGGGCUUCGGGAGCGAGGAGGGGGGGACGUGUAGCCGCUACACUUGUGCAGAAAUCGGAGGAGCCCCGCUGACUUUCUCCCGCUUCAUUUCCGCCCAGCGCCCCAAAAUCCAAGCCGAACUGGUGUCCGGACCGCGUGGGGGUAACCGACGAGUUCCCUGAGAGCUGCGUUGGGAUGAAAGCCGGGAUGAAAUGUAAAGAAACAACGCUCAAGUGAAGACAACUGACCACAAAGGGCGGAGACACGGCAGACCACACAACGCAGGAGGCCCGAGGAAAUCAUUAACCGCACACAAACACAUACAAUAUGACUGAUUGGCUCCCACUCCACCCUCCGCAUCCCUGAGACAGACACCCACCUCCAGCCCCGGCCCCAGGGCCCGCCGCCUGCCCUCCAACAUCCUCCAUAUUUUACAUUUUCACACCGAGCCACGCCGCACCAACCUUACCUCAACUCCCUCUGGACACCCUCCCCGACCCAAGCUCCCAAAAAAAACCCCGGGACGGGACCCCGUCAUGUUUCACUGACUGACCCCUCUCGACCGGCGAAUGACAAGUGUGCAUCCGAGGGUGGGGCUUGCCUCAGUCUCUCAUGAUUGGCUGCUGGAUGGAAUUAAGGUGAAUGGAACACGUGCCCAAGGAGCAGGACCCUAACCCAUCAGAGGGAGAAGAGAAACGGUGGCUCAAUGGCCCGAAAAGGAAGAGGAAGAACAGCCAAUGUUCGUUGAAGAGUAUGACUGCUCGUUGUCUGAGUGACAGCUCCAAAUCCCCCGAGCUGAAAGAAGCGAGUAAAGAAGGGUACAUCCCCAGCUACCUCGAAAAGGAUGAGCCAUGUGUGGUGUGUGGCGACAAGGCCACAGGUUACCACUACCGCUGCAUUACGUGCGAGGGCUGCAAGGGUUUCUUCCGUAGGACCAUUCAAAAGAACCUCCACCCCAGCUACUCCUGUAAGUACGAUGGCUGCUGCAUCAUCGACAAGAUCACCCGCAACCAGUGUCAGCUCUGCCGCUUCAAGAAGUGCAUCGCGGUGGGCAUGGCCAUGGACUUGGUGCUGGAUGACUCAAAGCGGGUGGCUAAACGGCGUCUGAUAGAAGAGAACAGGGAGCGGCGCAAGAAGGAGGAAAUGGUGAAAUCCCUCCAGAACCGUCCAGAACCCACCGACAGCGAGUGGGAGGUGAUCCACCUGGUGACGGAGGCCCACCGACACACCAAUGCUCAGGGCGCACAGUGGAAACAGAAGCGCAAAUUCCUGCCAGAAAAAAUCGGCCAGUCCCCGGUUGCCCCCACGUCAGACGGAGACAAGGUGGACCUGGAGGCCUUCAGUGAGUUCACCAAGAUCAUCACUCCUGCCAUCACCCGUGUGGUCGAUUUUGCCAAAAAACUGCCCAUGUUCUCUGAGCUACCUUGUGAAGACCAGAUCAUCCUGUUGAAGGGCUGCUGCAUGGAGAUCAUGUCCCUGCGAGCCGCCAUGCGCUACGACCCGGAGAGCGAGACGCUGACGCUGAGCGGCGAGAUGGCCGUGAAGCGCGAGCAGCUGAAGAACGGCGGGCUGGGCGUGGUGUCGGACGCCAUCUUCGAUCUGGGCAAGAGCCUGGCACAGUUCAACCUGGACGACACGGAGGUGGCGCUGUUGCAGGCCGUGCUGCUCAUGAGCUCAGAUCGUUCCGGCCUGACCUGCAUGGACAAGAUCGAGAAGUGCCAGGAGACGUACCUGCUGGCGUUCGAGCACUACAUCAACUACCGCAAGCACAACAUUCCUCACUUCUGGCCGAAGCUCCUGAUGAAGGUGACGGACCUGCGGAUGAUCGGGGCGUGCCACGCCAGCCGCUUCCUUCACAUGAAGGUGGAGUGUCCCAACGAACUCUUCCCGCCGCUCUUCCUGGAGGUCUUCGAGGACCAGGAGGUGUGAAACACACAGUUGCCACCACGCAAAGGGAAGAGGAAGUUGGGACAAACUGGGAGAUGGGAAGGGCCAUCAUUUUUCUAGGGGAAGGAUGGAGGGAGAGUCCUCUCGUCAGGAAUCUGCAUUUCUCCGACAUCGCAUUUACAGUACGUGGUUUAAAAACUGGAACCAACAAUAACAGAAACAACACACCAGCAACAGGAGAGUCAAGCAAACAGAGGAUUUUGUUUUUUGAGCACCCUCUCCUCCACCUCUUUCUCCUCCUUUUACUUACCCCUGUUUUAAAAUCCGUGUGGGGGCCCUUCUGUCUGAGCACGAUGUCUUAUCUAGUAAGAGUUGUAGCCAUUUGCCAAGACACGUACACCGACACACACCGCUUACACACACACAAAUACACACAUACAGCCUGUUUCACCUCAGUUCUUCAGAGCAGCGCUCUUUGCAGGGGUCCGUUCCCCCUGUCUGGUUCUCUUUUUUUUUUAAGCGGUCACAGAUUUACACACCUUUUGAAGCCCAUGUUUCCAGCUCCCCGGCUGGCUAGCACCUCUCAGUAUUAUUUCUGAAUAAGUGUUAAGGCGGUAAUUCAGAAAAUAUGGACAUCAGUGACACAUUAUAGCUCACAGUCAUGCAGGCACAACACAAUCAGCAAAACACUGCACAUUCAAAUUUCUGCAGAUGCUCUCAAAGCAUCACUUUGGUGUAUAAUGGCUGCAGUAAAGCAGAGCUACCAGACCUAUAGUCUUUUAUCGAUUCCUCAACUCAAUCUGAGCCGUUACAGCUGUUUCUGGAGCUUCUUCUUAGAUCCCAGUGACACCGGUGCUAUAUUUAUAUAAGGCUAUUCCAGUUUUAUGAAAUUGUGUUGUCUACCUUUGAAAACAAUGUGCAGACCAUGGCUCCAUAUCUACCUUCAGUUUUGUCAUCGGACCGGCUCCUGUGACAUACACACACACACACACGCACGCACUCACACAUAUGAGCAGACUUGCCUUGUUAUUGCCCGUGCUGCUCGUGCCAGCAGCGUACUGACGUGUUAAUGACAUUUAAGCCCUUCUCCUCUCUUAGGAGGCACUGCAUUGAAAGAAAGAAAGAAAGAAAGAAAGAAAGGAGGGAGGGAGGGAGAGGAGGAGAUAGAGAGCGUGGAAACAAGAUUUAAUAGCUGGACUGCAGAGUCAGAGCCAGGGUCAGAAGUAAAUCUCCCACACGCAGCCUCCAAGGAGGUUUUCAAUAGCAGCAACCACCAGCGAGACGGCAAAGCUCAUCACACACACACA